AAAUUUCAGUCACUAGAGCGGAAAAAACGAGCAUAAUUUAAUUAACAAUUGCUGAUAAGUGUUGCUCAAGAAGGGUCGAAAGGCAGUAGGUCAGGACCGCGGUGGCCCUUCUCGAGAAUGUUAUGCGGUACUGCUGAUGGUAUUUAACCGAAAGAAAACUGAAGGUUUAAAUGAACUGAAUACAUUGUUGAAUGGUCUCAAAUGUCGCACCGUUAUCUUGUUUACUGGCUCGAAAGAUGAUGGCAAGAGUUGGUGUCCAGAUUGUGUUCGAGCAGAACCAAUAAUCGAGAAAGUCAUUGAAGAAAUUGUAUCUUCUGGUGAUUUGGAUACGGACUUUACAUUCAUCGAAUGUAGUGUCGGAUCACGGACAUAG